UACAGUUAAACCACUCUUCGAUAUCCUAACAGGCUACGGCGGCCGACGACAGAUUGCAAAUCGUCUGAAUCCUGAAUCGUACAAUAUUGCUUCCGACGUCUGCAAUGGGGGAGACCAGUUCCGAUACACUGUCAUCGGCGUUCAUGGCGGAGUUUCUGAGAAAAUCCGGCGGCAUCGCCAUAAUUGAUGGCGGUUUUGCCACGGAGCUUGAGCGACACGGCGCCGACCUCAAUGAUCCUCUUUGGAGCGCCAAAUGUCUCCUCACUUCCCCCCACCUUGUUCACAGAGUGCAUAUGGAUUACCUAGAAGCAGGGGCAGAUAUUAUCAUCACAGCAUCGUAUCAAGCCACCAUCCAGGGAUUUGAGUCCAAGGGAUUUUCAAGAAAUGAAAGUGAAUCCUUGUUAAGAAAGAGCGUCGAGAUUGCCUGUGCGGCACGGGAUAAUUAUUAUGUCAGAUGUAAUACAAGUACUUCUGAUGAGGCUGGAGAUGGUAAAAUUUUUAAAAAACGUCAAAUACUUAUAGCAGCUUCUGUGGGUAGCUAUGGAGCAUAUUUGGCUGAUGGAUCUGAGUAUAGUGGUGAUUAUGGUGACAGUAUUACAUUAGAAGUUCUGAAAGAAUUCCAUCGGAGAAGGGUUCAAGUGCUUGCAGAAUCAGGGGCUGACCUGAUUGCAUUUGAAACCGUUCCAAAUAAACUUGAAGCUAAGGCAUAUGCAGAACUGUUGCAGGAAGAAAAUAUAAGAAUUCCUGCAUGGUUUUCUUUCAACUCUAAGGAUGGUAUCCAUGUGGUUAGUGGCGAUUCUUAUUCUGAAUGCGUAUUGAUUGCUGAAUCAUGCAGAAACACUGUGGCAGUUGGAAUCAACUGUACACCACCCAGGUUUAUUCAUGGUCUAAUAUCUUCUAUUAAGAAGGUCACUACAAAGCCUAUAGUGAUAUAUCCAAAUAGCGGUGAAAGUUAUGAUGCUGAUCUUAAGGAAUGGGUGCAAAAUACUGGGGUCUCGGAUGAAGAUUUUGUCUCUUACGUAACUAAAUGGUGCGAAACUGGGGCAUCAUUAGUUGGAGGCUGCUGUCGAACCACUCCAAAUACGAUCCGAGCUAUUUACAGAACCCUUUCAAAGAGAUGAAGAAAACCAUUCUUUGGAGUAACCGUUUUAAUGUCGUUCAAGGAGCAACACAACAUCUGAGGCUGCUAGGUGAGUUCAAUUUGUUGUCCCUUGGAUUCAGAAAUAUGGCAGAGUUUAGCAAAUGGUAACCCUUUUCUUUCAUUAAAUUUGCUGGUAGGUCUUAAGCUGAUGAAUGUAAGGAUGGUUUCAUGUAAUUUUCUAGAAAUAAAAUAAUUAUGGUUCAAUCUUAUGAAUUGGAUCACUAUAGUUUGAGUUUAGUUUCAAUUUGAUCCCAAUAAUUUGUAAGUUAGUUUCAACACGGGGCACUCCAUACGGAGCAAGCAAGUCUUGGGAUAGUCUUAUACUUUUUGAAGUUUCAA